AUGCUCAUAGGAUUGUGUGGAGGCAUCUGUGCUGGCAAACAUGCCAUUGCCGAAUAUCUGAUUCAAAACCAGGGAUUCCAACUGCUUGAGCUUGCGGGCAACCGCCAGUCCCAGUCGGAGGAGCCUGAAGAUGAAUUGCGCCUGAAGGCCUCGGAGAUCAAAAAGAAAGAUUCUCACUCGCCAGAGCACACGUUCCAAGAUGCUGAGUCUCUGCUCGACUUCGCGACCAAAAGAUGGCAAGAGCGCUGGGUCACCACAGAUAUUGCCGAUGCAAAUGUCCUGGACCGAUUCCUUCUACGCCCCUUCUUCCUGCUCGUGAGUGUUGACGCCCCAGUCAGCCUCCGAUGGAAGCGUUUUGCAGACAGAUGCUGGAGAAGACAACUCGAUCCACCCGAUCUUGAGAAGUUUGUCUUGUGGAAUGACCACAAUCUGUACGAGAAGGACAUUGGUCGUGUUUACUUGACCGACAAGGCCCAAGUGCGCCUCUUCAACUCAUCUUCGUCCCUCGAAGAGUUGUACUCCUCAUUGGAGACCCUGGACCUGGCAGACGAGCAGCGUCUCAGACCAAGCUGGGAUCAAUACUUUAUGCAACUCGCCUCGCUCGCUGCGCAAAGAAGCAACUGCAUGAAGCGGAGAGUGGGUUGUGUCCUUGUCCGAGAAAGCCGUGUUAUCAGCACAGGGUAUAACGGCACACCACGGCAUCUCCAGAAUUGCAACCAAGGCGGAUGCCCACGGUGCAAUCGCGGAGAUGGAGGCGGAGUUGGUCUUUCAACCUGCCUUUGUCUUCACGCCGAAGAAAACGCGUUGCUAGAAGCAGGCCGAGAGCGAAUUCGGGAGGGGGCAAUCCUCUACUGUGAUACGUGCCCGUGCUUAACAUGCACGGUAAAGAUUGCCCAGGUUGGAAUCUCAGAGGUUGUUUAUUCGCAGGGGUACAAUAUGGACAGCGAUAGCGCUGCCAUUCUCCAACAAGCUGUUCCCAUCGCCAUGCCUACCGUGCACUUGCUCGACUACGUAGCGGGUAACAUUCGCUCCCUAGUCAAUGCGAUCAACCAAGUCGGUUACGAUGUCGAAUGGAUCCGAUCUCCGGAAGACGUGAAGAAUGCGGACAAAUUGAUCCUGCCCGGUGUGGGACAUUUCGGCCACUGCCUCUCUCAAUUGGAGAAGGGAGGAUUCCUCGGUCCCAUUCGCGAGCACAUUGAUUCCGGCAAGCCAUUCAUGGGAAUCUGUGUCGGUCUGCAGGCGCUUUUCCAAGGCUCAGAGGAGGAUAACGACGUCCCCGGACUCGGCGUGAUCCCCGAGGUCAUUCGCAAAUUCAACGAUACUUCGAAGAGCGUACCACACAUCGGAUGGAACUCGGCUAUGAACACUGGGUCGGAGACCUUCUGGGGAUUGCGCCCGAGCAGCAAGUACUACUACGUCCACUCCUACGCGGCCCCUUACACACCGGGAGCUCUGGAGAAGGACGGCUGGUCCGUGGCUACAGCGACUUACGGCGAGGAAGAGUUUAUUGGCGCCAUCAGCCGGGGCAAUGUCUUUGGUGCGCAGUUCCACCCUGAGAAGAGUGGUACCGCUGGACUGCGGGUUAUCCGUGCGUUCUUGAACGGUGAUCAGUUCCAGGCUCUUUCCGGAGAAAAGGAAGCUAGCAAGGCAAAUGGACUCACUCGCCGUGUCAUUGCAUGCCUGGAUGUUCGCACAAAUGACUCGGGCGACUUGGUUGUCACCAAGGGUGACCAAUAUGACGUUCGCGAAAAGAGCGGCGACGAGGGUGGAAAUGUUCGCAACCUCGGCAAGCCCGUUGAUAUGGCUAAGAAAUACUACGAACAAGGAGCGGACGAAGUCACAUUCCUCAACAUUACAUCUUUCCGAAACUGCCCUGUCGCUGACACUCCGAUGUUGGAGAUCUUACGACGAACCUCCGAAACUGUCUUUGUGCCAUUGACCAUUGGUGGUGGAAUCAAGGACACUGUCGAUACCGACGGCACCCGAAUUCCCGCAUUGGACGUUGCAACAAUGUACUUCAAGUCCGGAGCUGACAAAGUCAGCGUCGGUUCCGACUCCGUCUUCGCCGCUUUGGACUACUACAACGCCGGAGAAAAGCUGAGCGGAAAGACCGCCAUUGAGACGAUAUCGCAGGCCUAUGGCAAGCAGGCUGUUGUGGUGAGCGUUGAUCCCAAGCGGGUCUACGUUGAUAAGCCAGAGGAUACCACCCACCACACAUUCAAGACUCAGUUCCCCAAUGCGAGCGGACAAAGCUACUGCUGGUACCAGUGCACUGUCAUGGGUGGUCGCGAGACUCGCGAUCUUGACGUUUGGCAGCUCGUGCGUGCCGUCGAGGCCAUGGGCGCUGGUGAGAUCCUGCUGAACUGCAUCGACAAGGAUGGCAGCAACAGCGGAUUUGAUCUGGAGUUGAUCAACGAUGUGAAGGCUGCGAUCAAGAUCCCAGUGAUCGCUUCAAGUGGCGCUGGUGUGCCUGCACACUUCUCUGAGGUCUUCCAAAAGACCACGACCGACGCAGCGCUGGGAGCUGGAAUGUUCCACCGUGGCGAGUACACUGUCACUCAGGUCAAGGAUCACCUUCAGACAGAUGGAUUCUUGGUCCGUCAAUUUGAAUCUGAGAUCUAA